AUGAUGAUGGCUUACAUUCGCAAGAAGUACUGGAUCCCGAAGCUUCGCAGACUCGCUCGAAAAGCGAUCAAGAAAUGCUACGGUUGCCGCAGAUUCCACGCAAAAGCCCUAGAGCAACCUGUACCUGGUCUGCUCCCACGUGAUCGAACGGAAGGCAGUCGCCCAUUCCAAACCAUAGGAGUAGACUUUGUGGGACCAUUAAGGUACAAGAAAGGAAACAAGACCGAAGGGAAAGCGUACAUCGUGCUGUACGCUUGCAAUUUGACAAGGGCGAUCCAUGUCGAGUUAUUGGCCAGCCUAUCGACCGAAGAGUUCAUAAGAAGUCUGAAAGGAUUCAUCGCCAGGAAAGGGAGACCAGAAAAAAUCUAUUCAGACAACGGCAAAACCUUUGUCGCGGCAGAAAAGUGGUUGAACGUCGUGCAAAGGGAUGAAAAGCUCCAAAACUUUUUGGCUAUCAAAGAAAUACGUUGGCAGUUCAACCUUAGUCGAGCGCCGUGGUGGGGUGGCCAGUUUAAACGCUUGAUCGGGCUUGUCAAACGAGCAUUACAGAAAACAAUUGGCGGUGGAUGUUUGCGAUGGAACGAAAUGCAGGAAGUACUUCUAGAUGUAGAAGUCACCCUAAACAGUCGACCACUGAGCUACGUCGAGGAAGACCAUCAAAUGCCAACUCUGACACCAAACGCUAUGAUGUUCGUCGGCUCUAAUACCUUGCCAGAAUUAGAGGCCCAUCAUCUCGAAAAACCUGAUCUACGGAAAAGAGCAAGAUUCUUAUCGAGAUGCAAAGAUGCUGUUUGGCGACGAUGGACAUCAGAAUACCUACGGGCGUUACGGGAAAGACAUAACCAGGCUCAAGGGACUAAAACGUUGAACCUGAAGAUCGGGGACGUGGUGAUCAUCAAAUCGGACGAGAAGAAUCGAGCGAAGUGGAAAUUAGGAAUUGUUGACGAGCUUUUCAAGGGACGCGACGAUGUGGUGAGGGCAGUAAAACUUCGAGCUGGGAACAAUUUCCUAGAAAGACCACCUACACAUCUGUACCCCUUGGAACUAUCGUGCGACCGAAAAGCGAAGGUAACUAAACAAUCACUGAACGCAGAUGCUGCAACAUUCAGACCCAAGAGAGACGCUGCAGUGGCAGCGAGACAACGCAUCCAAGAUGUCAUAAACUCUCGGAGUUAG